CUCAAUUGUAUCUCUCGCGGACUAAAACACGACAACUACAAACCCAGAGCGAGAUUUUGUCUCUGAAGCCUGGCAUCACUGCCGUGUGUAUACAAUCGGGCCAUGGCUGUAUUCUUAACACAGCGGUUAACCUCUCCGCUGAAAGUGUCACAAACAUGAAACAAGGCCAAUUGACUGGUAAAUAUCACUUUACCUCAAGACCUUCUGUUUCUUUUUCCAAUCAUGUAUGAUCGGUUCUCUUUGAUUUCUGGCUUGAUCUCUCUGGCCCUCUCGUGUUCUUACUCUGGCACCAAUUUGCUGCAUCCCAAUCCCCACCAUUUCUCUUCGGAUACCUUCGCAGCGGUUCGGACCUUCGAAAUGUUGAUCUUGGUGAAUUCGAUGGCGUUACGAACAUGUUUCAUAUUUACAUUUGAAUACACGCGUAAAGUUAUACUUUCGCAACAGCGACUUAUUUGUAACGUCCGACUAUUACCUUUGCGAAUGCAAGUUCUUGUUGUGCGCUCCGCGAAUCGUCCGCGGUUAGCACCACCGACCAAUCCCUCGCCUGGCAGUCUACCUAUCAUUCCUGGUGUCAUCUUCACUGUUGCAUGGUCACCAGCGGGAACCAACAAGUGCAUUUUCUCUCUGCUGCUGGAGCAACAUAUCAGCUAGCAGCUGACAUCAAGGAGGCUGCGGUGCGGCGGAGUAUGAUCAUACUCGUUCUAUGGCUUCUACGCACUAGGGUCUUUUUAGCUUGGUUCCUCUUCGAUGAUGCAAGGUGGCAAUGGCGCCGAUAUUAACGACUAAGAGUGGGUCCCGACCACGGUCUUACUAGGGCCCCAGGGGUGGUCCGAGAAACGAGACCGAGGU